AUGGAUGCAACUACGGAAUUGCCAAUAUGGUUUCACAAGGAUGAAAUAUUGUCAAAGCUUAGGUCUUCUCAGGUGUUGUUGCUCACUGGAGAGACGGGAAGCGGAAAGUCCACCUUCCUCCCGAAGAUUCUCCACGAAAAUGGAUACAGUGACAGCACAAUCGUCAUCACGCAGCCUCGGCGUGUGGCGGCUGUGUCGCUCGCGCGGCACGUUGCCUCCCUGUUCAGCUGUGACGUAGGGAAACUGGUGGGAUUCGCGGUGAGAUUCCUCAACUGCUGCGGCGAGGAAACGAAGAUCAAGUACGUCACGGACGGAGUGCUACUACGCGAAGUGCUGGUUGAUCAUCUUUUCUCAAAGUACUCCGUAGUAGUUAUAGAUGAGGCCCACGAACGCUCCAUACGCAGCGACGUGUUACUGGGUGUCCUGCGCACAUGCAUACCACAGAGGCGCGACCUCAAAGUAAUCAUAAUGUCCGCCACGUUGCGGUCCAGUGCAUUCGCAAAUUUUUUCACAGAUUGUGAGAUCGUACGUGUUGCUGGCAGGACAUUUCCUCUCGAUAUCUACUACGCACCGCAACCGCAAGAGGACUACCUCGAGGCGGCAAUGUUGACCAUCCUGCAGAUAAACCUGACGUACAAAAAUGGUGAUGUCUUGGUUUUUCUGACUGGGCAGGAUGAUAUAGAGGCAUUGGAUCAUAUGCUGCAAAACAAGGUGGCUGUCAUUACACAGUUCCUGAAGUCGUCGGGAGUUCAAGUUGGGGGAAACGUAGCAGACGUGAUGCGAGCCACUGAAGUGCUUCUAGGUGAUACACCGUACGAACUUAAAUACUGGAAAGAACUAGAAAUCGUCUCACUAUACGCCGCACUCCCGCUGCAACAACAGUCUAAAGUUUUUAAGCCCACACCUGACGGACACCGCAAAGUCGUGCUGGCAACCAACAUAGCAGAAACAAGCGUAACCAUUCCCGGCAUCAGAUUCGUGGUGGACAGUGGAUUGAUGAAACAGAAGUUGUUCUGCGCGAAGAAUUGCUUUGAGUCGUUAGUAAUACAAAAAAUUUCGAAAGACUCGGCUGAUCAACGUGCUGGACGAGCGGGACGUAUGGGUCCAGGAAAGGUUUUUCGUCUGUACACUACGGAAUCGUUCACCUCAAUGCGUGUAUCCCGCAUACCGGAGAUGCAAUGCACCAAUGUAUCGCACGUUUACCUGGAGCUAAAGAUGAUUGGAAUAAAGAACCCGCUGGACUUUCCCCUUAUAGAUCCACCAAGCAAAAACGCUCUGCUCGCCGCAGCAAUGGAACUCUACCGUCUGGACGCACUCGAUUGCAAGGGUAACCUGACAGAAACAGGGAAAAAGAUGGGACACAUACCAUUACUGCCACGUCAUGCGAGGCUUCUUUUGUGCUCUGCGGAAUUUAGCUGCACCUCGGAAAUGCUGACUAUCGUGGCGAUGCUGUCCACCGAUUUGACUCUUUUCUCGUCUGAAAAACACGACAAAGAAGCUUUUAAAAUGCGGAAAAACCUCGCCAACCCCAGUGGAGACCACCUCACGUUGCUCAAUAUGUAUACCAUCUGGAACGACACGCCAAACAGAAAGGAGACCUGUAAACAAUUCGGAUUCAACGCUGCCGCAUUCGAAAGAGCGUCCGAAAUACGAUCUCAACUCGUAGAAAUACUUACAAAACGCGUCGGGUUCAUCAACAUACCCAGUUGUAAGGACUCGUCAGAAUGGGACAACGUGCUGAAGUGCCUCUGUAAGGGAGGGUGGAUGAACAUGGCCUCAAUAAACAGCGACUCAAAGUCAUACAAAAUCGAAAUACAAAACAAGACGGUGGUUAUACAUCCGCACUCCGUGUUAUUCUCAAAGCGACCGCUACCGCCCCUGGUGGUAUUCGACGAAUGCACAAGCACAAGGAAGGCAUACAUUCAAAACGUAUCAGAGAUAUCACAAGACUGGGUAACGCAGCUGUUACCUAGGCUGUCACUCACAGGAUCGAAUACGUGUAGCUAA